UAGAGUUUAGCUUUAAUCUUGUUUGGAUUACUAAACUGAGGAUUCUGGGUGUCAGUAAUAGUCUGGAUAGGUGAUUUAAAACUGCAGUAAGCAAUAUGUGAGGAAUUUGUCUCUGUCUGCUGUUAUCAUUUGGGGAAGCAGAGUAGGAUAGUAUCAAUACAAAGCACAUGGGCUUGGAGUCAGAUCUGGGUUCGUUUCCUGACCUUGCCGCAUUAGUACUAACAACAAUUUGUAUUAUAAAAAUUGCAAAUCAUUGAGCAUACUACUUGCCAGACACUAUACUAAGCAUUUUAUAUAUGUCAUCUCAUUAAUUUUUACAAUAACCCUGCAAGAUAUGUUUAUGAUUUCCAUUUUCCUGCUGGAGAAACUAAAGCUCAGAGAGGGUAAACACAAAGCCAAUGGCAGGGCUAGGUCUUUCUCUGUGGUCUUUUUUUCUUUCUGUUGUAUUAUGGUUACUUUCUUCUUUCUCUCGCCAUUCUCCCAGGUUUCCCGGAACACCCUCUUCAGUUUGGGGGGACAAGUUCCCUGCCGUUAGGUGCAAUUGUUAGGUGCACUUACGGAAAUGGCUGAGAAGCAUUAAAGGCCAUCACUUCAUCCUUCAUCACAAUAUACCCAUUGUUAUGACACAGACUCUAAGAGUUUGAAUUCUUAUACAAAUGGAGCAUAUGGCCCACCAUACCCCACUGGCCCUGGGACAAAUACUGCCUCAUACCCAGGGGCUUAUUACACAUCCGGGUAUGCUCAGACCAGUUACUCCACAGAGGUUCCAAGCACUUACCGUUCACCUGGCAACAGCCCAACCCCAGUCUCUCGUUGGAUGUAUCCCCAGCAGGACUGCCAGACUGAAGCAGCCCCUCUUAGGGGGCAGGUUCCAGGAUAUCCUGCUUCACAGAACCCUGGAAUGAGCGUGCCCCAUUAUCCUUAUGGGGAUGGUAGCCGUAGUGUUCCACAGCCAGGACCAACUGUACGAUCCCAGGAGGACUCCUGGGCUCCUCCGGGUGCUUAUGGCAUGGGAGCCCGUUACCCCUGGCCUUCAGCUGCCCCCUCAGCGCCACCUGGGAGUCUCUACGUGAGCGAGAGCGCUUCAGCAUGGCCAAGCAGUGGCUCUCCUCGGCCACCUCCUUCCCCCCCAGCCCCACAGCCCAAGGAUUCCUCAUACCCCUAUAGCCAAUCAGAUCAAGGCGUGAACCGGCACAACUUUCCUUGCAGUGUCCAUCAGUACGAGUCCUCGGGAACAGUGAACAAUGAUAAUUCAGAGCUCUUGGAUUCCCAAGUCCAAUAUAGUGCUGAGCCUCAGCUGUAUGGUAAUGCCACCAACGAACACCCCAGCAAUCAAGAUCAGAGUAAUAAUCUUCCUGAAGAGUGUUUAUCUUCAGAUGAAGGGACUCCCCCAAGUAUUAAAAAAAUCAUACAUGUGCUGGAGAAGGUCCAAUAUCUUGAGCAAGAAGUAGAAGAGUUCGUAGGAAAAAAGACAGACAAAGCAUACUGGCUUUUGGAAGAAAUGCUAACCAAGGAACUUUUGGAACUGGAUUCAGUUGAAACUGGGGGCCAGGACUCUGUCCGGCAGGCCCGGAAAGAGGCUGUUUGUAAAAUCCAGGCCAUACUGGAAAAAUUGGAAAAAAAAGGAUUAUGAAGGGAUUUAGAGCAAAGGGGAAGCCUGUUACUAACUUGACCAAAGAACUCUUGAUUCUGGUUAAUUACCCUCUUUUUGAAAUGCCUGUUGAGGGGAAGAAGCAAUACAUUCCAACUUUCCUGUGAUAUAAAACUUGAAAAACUGGUAAAGGACUUGGAAGAACAGUUGGGUUAUGAGUUGUUUUCAGUUUUCAGACCAAUGAAUGUAAUAGGAAGCUAUGGAGUUAUCAGUAUUGCCAAGUAGACUUCACCCCUUAAGAAAUUUAUGGGUAUCUGCAAGCUGCUUCUUACCAGCAGGAGGGAAAUCCAUCUUAUGUAACAGGCUUAUCAGAACCUACCGGAUAAGACUGGAUGUUGUCUGAGACAAACGGGCUCUGUUUUUUUUAAACAUCUGGAUUACUUGUCACAUUUUUGUACAUCGUGACUGCUUUCACCGUACACUUUGUGUGUAAAUUAUAGCUUGGACUUUAGCCGUCUUGGACCUCUGUUUCGUUUUGCUACUUAUAGUUCACAAAUAGAGUGUUAUUCUCUACUUCUUGGUACAUUUUGUAGUAAUAUGUUUAAUAUAAUUACUCAAGAGACUAUACUGACAGCCAGAUAGUAUGGCAGUUCUGGAUGAAUUUAUAUCUUUUCACCACUUGAAUAUAUUGCACUGUGUAGUGAGUUCCUGAGGUAGAUUGUCUCCUUUUUUGUAUAGAUCAUUAGGUUAGAGUUUUACCACUUCUAUUUUUCAUGUUACUAUUGGAAGGUUAAUUUGGAAAUGGCAUGGGUAUAGGAAUGAAAAUGGGGCUAUUUCCUUUUUUGCUGUCUGAAUCGUAUUUGGAUGAAGAUCCACUUUAAAAUUUCCUUUCUUCCCCCUUAAUUAUCUUUUUACUUCAGCUGCUUCCAUAUGGAGCAGUGUGAUGAACACA